AUGAGCACUUUGAACCGGGUAUCCCAAAAAUCCUGGAGCUCUCUGGCCUGGGGGCUUCUUUUUUGGGGUGGUGGAAUUGUCGUGUUUUACUCGGUCUUCAGUUAUCUCCAAGAGAAAAUGUAAGUGAGACUUUCAUCUUUGAUUUGUUUGUUUAGAACCAAAGGACAAUAUGGAGAAGAGAAGAAGCAAUUCACUUACAUGCAAAGUCUGGUCCUAGUACAAUGUCUUCUAAAUUGUCUUGUGGCUUAUGUAAACAAGUCUCGGAUAAGGAAUGUGGACACUGUGCCGUUACAUAUGUAUACGGUUUCUUCAAUAAGUUACUCAUUGGCAAUGUUAUUUAGUAAUUUGGCUUUAGAAUACAUCAAUUAUCCAACUCAGGUAUGUGCUUUAUGAAGUCAAUCUUUACGUUGUGUCUUAGGUGCUCGGAAAAUCAUGCAAACCCAUUCCAAUUUUAAUUGCGGGUGUUCUUUUUGCCCACAAGUCGUACCAUUGGCGGAAAUACUUGUAUAUUGUAAUGAUUGUGUGCGGAAUGGCCAUCUUUUUGUACAAGGAGAAGCCCGGAAGUCAUACCAAAGGAUUUACUUUUGGGCAGGGGGAAGGCUUUCUGGUAAGCGUUGUAGAAUAUCCAGCUUUUACAUUUUAACUCGAUUUCAGGUGCUCUCUCUUUGUAUGGAUGGAAUCACAGGCGCCGUUCAAGAUAGAAUCCGACAUUAUUACCAUACAGAAAAGUGGAACAUGAUGUUCUACAUGAACCUGAUCUCUUCUUUUAUUCUCGGUUCUGGAGCUUUGGUGACAGGAGAGUUCGUCGACUUUGUUUCCUUUGUUCAGACAUAUCCCGAUGUUCUUGUUCUGAUGACUGCAUUUGCUAUAUGCGGUGCUCUUGGACAGGUAAGGCCAUUUUUUGAUACCUCGGUAAUAAUUAUGCCACUUUAGUGUUGCAUCUUUCACACAGUCACCGAGUACGGGCCGCUGACUUGUUCGAUUGUCACCAAUCUCCGUAAAUUGUUUACCGUGGUGGCUUCCAUCAUCAUCUUCAAGCACCCUUAUACUACCAAAGAUGCCAUUGGGGCAGGUAUUGUGUUCCUCGCUCUCUUCUUUGAUGCGUGGGACAGCAAAAGACAGCAUCACCUGAGCCGCAAGGUGGUCAAGGAAUGA